CAGCAGCAGCAGCAAGCAUGGACCUCUGAUCCGCACAUCUACACUGAAGGAGAAUGGAGGUACAUUGUCCUUUCGCCGGGGCAAACAGUGUUGUUCCCGUCGGGCAAUGUCCACUUCGUCUUCAGAGCACAGGGGGAGCAGACAUUUGCGCUAGGUGACCACAUCCUCCAGUGGUCUAGCAUUGAUCAAUGGCUGGAGGUGGUCGUCUCUCAAGUGAAGAAUCCCGAGAUCACGAACUUGGACAUUGAACUCGACGUGUCGAAGUACGUUGAGAUUGUCAAGGGGUUUGUGGAAAAUCGG